AUGGCGUUCUCAAGAUUCAGCAUGCGGUUACCGCUCCCAAAGACCUUUCUAGGAUGCAUCGGCCUUCAAACAGGCACCGAGGUCAUCUCCCUCAUCCUCCUCUUCAACAGGCUCACCGGCCUCUACGGUCUACUCGCCAUCCUCACGGGCUACGAGCUCUCCGUGACGCAGCUGUCAAUGUACCUCUACUCGCUGGGCGUCGUCGUCCUGCUGGCCAUGUUCAUGCCCCACAUCCGCAAGCAGAGCCCCUUUGAGACGCUCAGCCUCGCCUGGCUCUACAUCGUCGACACCGUCCUCAACGUCGCCUACACGACCUUCUUCGCCGUGAACUGGUACCUCAACAGCAGCGCCCUGGACAAGCACCCGGCAGGCAGCACCACCCCGGCCGCAGCCGGUCCCGCAGCAGCAGCGGAGAUUGCGGAGACGGCGCUGGCCAACGGGGCGCCCGUGGUUCCCGACGUGCCCGGCACGACGAAGCACAUCGGGCCCCAGGAGUCGUGGAUGAGCUUGGGGCUGAUUUGCUCCGUCACGCUGGUGCGCGUCUACUUUGCGCUCGUCGUCAUGUCGUUUGCGCAGCAGGUGCUGCAGCGGUACAGCGCGGCGGACAUGGGCUGGGAGGAGGAAGGCCGCAGCAGCGGCGCCGGCAAGAAGGGCGGCGUCGACGGACCUUUCUCGCAGGGCGAGCCGGGCGGCGAGGGGUCCCGCGGCCGUAUCGGGCGCGUGAUGCUCGCCCUCGGUCGCGGGUACUGGCUUCGCGAGAGGCCUCAGGAGGAGUGGGCGAGCGCUGUGAGCGCCAAGUUCCGGCACACCGGAGUCUAA